AUGACAUCUAAUGCUUCCACUACACCAUCUGUUGGAUCAACCCCCACCACCACUGGUGCACAUAAACGUAAUUCAGAUGAUGUUGGUUGGGAAUAUGGUUUUAUCCCGGAUAAAAGCAACAUGGAGAUAUUGCAAUGGAAGUUAAAAAAGAUAGCUAAACAAGUGCAUAAUGAAGGCUUAAGGGUGGAGGCGAGACAAGAAUUUCAUGAAGCAGAAAAUUCUUUGGGGUCAAAGGCACCCAAUGUUAUAGGCCCCAUGGAUAACUAUGCAAACAUAAUAAACCCAAAAGAAGGUUUGAAGGAGGGAAAGGGAAAAAAUAUUGAUCUUAACAAUAUUGUCCGAAAAGAAAGAAUAUUAACGGUCCAUAAAUUCAUUAGUAGGUGGGCAUAUGAGAGUGUGAUUCCUUUUCAUUCCUUUGAAAGGGAUAGCUUCAAAAUGAUGUUGGAGGUUAUUGGCCAAUUUGGAACCGGGCUUCCAUGUCCUACUAGAUAUGCUUUGAGUGACCCACUGCUAAAGCAUGAGGUUGAAAGAACAAAAAAGUUGUUAAAAAACGAAAAGGAAUGGAAAGAGGAUGGAUGUUCGAUUAUGACAGAUGCUUGGUCCGAUCGAAAGAGAAGAAGCAUUAUGAAUUUAUGUGUUAAUUCAAAGAUGGGUACCGUUUUUUUAUCUUCAAAAAAAUGUUUCGGUGAAGCACAUACAAGCCAACACAUAUAUGAGUAUGUGGAAUCUUGUAUUCAACAAGUUGGUCCCGAGAAUGUUGUUCAAGUUGUGACCGAUAAUGCCACGAAUAACAUGGGGGCGGCGAAGUUGCUAAAAGAGAAAAUACCAUCUAUUUUUUGGACAUCAUGUGCGACACAUACCAUUAACCUUAUGCUUGAAGGUAUCGGAGCACUCCCAAGGUGUAAGAAAAAUCCUAGAUCAAGAAAAAAAACUAACCAUAUUCAUUUACGCUCACCACAAAACCUUGGCGAUGAUGAGAAGUUACACCAACAAAAGAGAAAUUAUCCGACCGGGAGUCACGAGAUUUGCUUCCGCCUUUCUCACAUUACAAAGUUUGUCCGAAAAAAAAAGGAGCAACUAAGACAUAUGUUCUCUAGCAACGAAUGGGAGGAAUGUAAAUUUUCCGGUAAGCCUAAAGCGAUUGCCUCAUAUAAAAUGGUGACAAGUGUCCAAUUUUGGUCCGGUAUGACACAAUGUUUAAAGGUGUUCUCCCCUUUGGUGAAAGUCCUUAGAAUGGUUGAUGCGGAUUGGAAGCCCUCAAUGGGUUUUGUUUACGGGGAGAUUAAAAUUGCAAAAGAAGAAAUUAUCAAAUCUUUGGGUGGUAACGAGAAACAUUACAAGCCUAUUAUAGAUAUCAUAAACACAAAGAUGAAAGGUUGGAUAGAUUCAACUUUACAUUUGACAUCUUAUCUUUUGAAUUCGUAUUAUCAUUAUAAUGAUUCACAACUCCAAUAUGACCCCGAUGUAAUGGAUGCAGUUCUUGAGUUUUUUGAUACAUUAUUUUAUGGAGAUUUAGAGAAGCAAAGGCAAGUCGUAACUGUUGACUUGCCAAAGUACAAGAAAAAAGUUGAUAGAUUUGGUUGUGAUCUUGCGAUUAAACAUUGUAAGGUGAACGAUGCCGACUUUGAUCCGGCUAGUUGGUGGGGACUAUUUGGUGGCGCAACUCCUCAUUUGACAAAGGUUGCAAUGAGGAUUCUUUCUUUAACUAGUAGUUCAUCAGGUUGUGAAAAGAAUUGGAGCACGUUUGAAGGGGUACAUACAAAGAAACGAAAUAGAUUGGAGACAAGUAAAUUGAACGAUCUUGUUUAUGUUCAAUUCAAUGCAAAUUUAAUGGAAAAAAAAACCAAAAAGAGAAAAGAUAGAAACAUGGAAGUGCUAUUAGCGAAUAAUUCUCUCUCGGCUCAAGAAUGGAUUCUUGAUUGUGAUGAGUGUGAUGUAGAUGAAGUAGAUCCUAAAACGGUUGAUGAAGCUCUAGCAACCGAUGUUAGUCAAGCACCCCGAGAAAGUCCAAGAACGAGGGAGCUAUUAGAUGAAGAUUUCGAGUCCAAGAGUGAGAGUGAGGAGCAAGUGUGGGAAGAAGAAGAAUACAAGUCGGAUGGUGUUCAGAUAAUGGAAGUAUGCGGAGAAGAAUAG